AUGGGGCCGAUCAUCGCUGGGGGCGGCUGGGACUACGAGUCAAUCGACAUGAAAAUUGGCGUCUGCACGGACCACCUCGCCAAGAAGUACAACGGCCUGCUGAGCGACCUCGUGGACAUCGACCCACGGGGAGCAUACUUCAGGCAGUCCGACCUCCAGAAGGCGAUGAUGGUAAGCGUUCUCAAGGAUGAGCACCGAGAGGUGUUCAAGGCGAUGUGCGCGUUCAGGAAGUGGGACGACCUCAACGUCGGCACGGUGAAGAUCAGCUACAUGAUUCGGGUCAUGGCCUCGCACCUCAGGCUGAAGUUCGAUCAGUACACUAGCCUGAAGAACAAGACCGACGCCCGUGCGCACCCUGCACCGCUCGUGGCGAUCUACGAAAAGAUCAAGCCUGACAGCCCAGCACCCACGGCCAAGAAGAACAUUCUCAACCCGUUCAUCUACUACCGCGACAGCGACUUGGACGGCGAAGACGACGAUGAGGACGAAUCGACGAUCGUAAUCGACAAGUGCUUCAACUACACUGAGAUGAAAACCUACGUGCUGCUUUCGGAUGGCUCUCGGGCUCCAGCCGUGAAGUACUCUGCUGGGGAGGAUGGCAUGGUUCUGGCGCACUUCGAAGUGAAAUAUUCCGCUGAGCCGUGGGCGACCGAGCUCCCGAACAGCAGCCUCGCCGAAGAUGGCCUUUCGAUACUGAAGCCCGAAGCUGCAGACUCCACCUUGAAGGAGCCAGCCGAGAAGAAACACACUGGCGACGGCGAAUCAGAGACUUCAGAGAUCUUCAAUGGGAGCGAUAUCAUGAACACGCUCCCGCCCAAGGCCAGGAUCACCAACCUCGAGCCUGGCCGCAAAUCCUACACGCUGCCCAAGGCCGACGACGGCGACGCUGCCAUCUCCGUACUACUCGAAAGGAAGGCGUUCUACAUAAAGCCAGUGUCCGAGGCCCAGUUUGAGAAAACCAGGAACGACGAUAGGUUCACAGAGCUCCUCAAAGACAGGCAGCUCAACUCAGCCUCGGGGAUCCAGGUCGGUUUUUACGACGAUCCAGCCCUUUCCUUCGACGCAGUGGUUGCGAUGGCAGCACCGACCGAUGAAGCCUGA